AUGAUUGUCGGCGUGUUGGUUGUAGUGGUCAUAUCCUCCUAUGUCUUCUGGAUAAUGGCUCCUAAGGAGAAUAGAACUCAUACUGGCUUUGGCUAUGAUGUAUUUAAUGUGGGCCAUUACUUACCUGUGUCAAUUACAUCCUCUAGUAGAACCUCGUCGUUCUGA